AAGGAAAGCCCUUUGCAAGCGUGGAAACCGAGCAGCCGGAACCAUGACCACACACGUCACGCUAGAGGAUGCCUUGUCCAACGUGGAUUUACUGGAGGAGCUGCCUCUGCCAGACCAGCAGCCAUGCAUCGAGCCGCCUCCGUCUUCCAUCAUGUACCAGGCUAAUUUUGACACAAACUUUGAGGACAGAAACGCCUUUGUAACAGGCAUCGCCAGGUACAUCGAGCAGGCAACAGUGCACUCCAGCAUGAAUGAGAUGUUGGAAGAGGGCCAUGAGUACGCCGUGAUGCUCUACACGUGGAGGAGCUGCUCCCGAGCCAUCCCCCAGGUGAAAUGUAAUGAACAGCCAAACCGAGUGGAAAUUUAUGAGAAAACGGUGGAAGUCCUGGAGCCAGAAGUCACCAAGCUUAUGAAGUUCAUGUAUUUUCAGCGCAAGGCCAUCGAGCGGUUCUGCAGCGAGGUGAAGCGCCUGUGCCACGCUGAGAGAAGGAAGGACUUCGUCUCUGAGGCCUAUCUCCUGACUCUGGGGAAAUUCAUUAACAUGUUUGCGGUCCUGGAUGAGCUGAAGAACAUGAAGUGCAGUGUCAAAAACGAUCACUCUGCAUACAAAAGAGCUGCCCAGUUUCUGAGGAAGAUGGCAGACCCACAGUCCAUCCAGGAGUCCCAGAACCUCUCCAUGUUCUUGGCGAACCACAACCGCAUCACACAGUGUCUGCACCAGCAGCUAGAGGUUAUCCCAGGCUAUGAGGAGUUGCUAGCUGAUAUUGUCAACAUCUGUGUGGAUUACUAUGAAAACAAGAUGUAUCUCACCCCCAGUGAGAAACACAUGCUCUUAAAGGUGAUGGGAUUUGGUCUAUACCUGAUGGAUGGGAAUGUCAGCAACAUUUACAAAUUGGAUGCCAAGAAGAGAAUCAACCUUAGCAAAAUAGACAAAUUCUUCAAGCAGCUGCAGGUGGUUCCUUUAUUCGGCGAUAUGCAGAUAGAACUGGCCAGAUACAUUAAGACCAGUGCUCACUAUGAGGAGAACAAAUCCAAGUGGACGUGCACUCAGAGCAGCAUAAGUCCCCAGUACAACAUUUGUGAGCAGAUGGUCCAGAUCCGAGAUGACCACAUCCGCUUCAUCUCGGAGCUCGCUCGCUACAGCAACAGUGAGGUGGUCACUGGCUCAGGGCUGGACAGCCAGAAAUCGGAUGAGGAAUACAGGGAGCUCUUUGACCUUGCAUUACGGGGACUGCAGCUGCUGUCCAAGUGGAGCGCCCAUGUCAUGGAAGUGUACUCUUGGAAGCUGGUUCAUCCCACAGAUAAGUUCUGUAACAAAGAUUGCCCAGGAACAGCAGAAGAGUAUGAGAGAGCCACCCGGUACAACUACACCAGCGAAGAGAAGUUCGCCUUUGUGGAGGUAAUUGCCAUGAUCAAAGGUCUGCAAGUGUUGAUGGGCCGUAUGGAGAGUGUUUUUAACCAAGCCAUCCGUAACACUAUCUACGCAGCCCUGCAGGACUUUGCCCAGGUAACCCUGCGAGAGCCGCUGAGGCAGGCGGUCAGGAAGAAGAAGAACGUCCUGAUCAGUGUCCUUCAAGCAAUUCGAAAGACAAUCUGUGACUGGGAGGGUGGUCGAGAGCCGCCAAAUGAUCCUUGCCUGAGAGGUGAGAAGGAUCCCAAAGGUGGAUUUGAUAUAAAAGUCCCACGGCGAGCAGUAGGACCAUCAAGUACCCAGCUCUACAUGGUGCGGACCAUGCUGGAAUCCCUCAUAGCAGACAAGAGUGGCUCAAAGAAGACGCUGAGGAGCAGCUUGGAUGGGCCGAUAGUCCUGGCCAUUGAGGAGUUCCACAAGCAGUCCUUCUUCUUCACCCACCUUCUCAACAUCAGUGAGGCGCUGCAGCAGUGCUGCGACCUGUCCCAGCUCUGGUUCCGGGAAUUCUUCCUCGAGCUGACCAUGGGCCGCCGCAUCCAGUUUCCCAUUGAGAUGUCCAUGCCCUGGAUCCUUACGGACCAUAUUCUGGAAACCAAGGAGCCCUCCAUGAUGGAGUAUGUUCUGUACCCCCUGGACCUCUAUAAUGACAGUGCAUAUUAUGCCUUGACUAAGUUCAAAAAGCAGUUCCUAUAUGAUGAAAUUGAAGCUGAG